UCACCUAAAAACAAAGGCUGUAUUAAUGGAAUACUGACUUAUUGCUUACUAAAUACUACACAAUAGACACUGUACACUGCAUAUUAUUUUUCAGAAUUAGUGAAUAAGUAUAUUACGCAACAAUAAAUGUUUCAAGAAACAGUGUGCUAAAACAAAAUGUGUAAAAAUGUCUUCAGUUUCGGUAGUCAUUUGGUAGUUUGGUAGUCAGUAUAGCCAAUACCAAGAUGCGUUCAGAUUUUACAAGUAUUCGUUAUUAAUUAUCUAAACUAUAGAUACUUUGGCAUAUUUCCACACAGGUCAUGGGGUAUUUUGGGAUUGUUGCUAAUAUGUUCCCCAUGACCCGCCCUCAACAGUUGUGAUGCAAGUUAGCCCCUCAGGGUACCGUCCAGCCUACAGAUCGAUAGCAGCAUUGUAUGAGUUCAAUGCACAGAGAAACUGGACUUCAUUCAACAAAGCAAUGUUCACAGAAGAGUACUAAACACUCCCACAAGGGGGAAAGGAUACUGGAGUUGUAUGAUAUUGUUUUUGUGUGAUGGACUGAUGCAGCAAGUGUUCUGUGAAUACCACAAAAAUGUAAGUUUCCCUAUAUAAUUGGAUGUAGGUAAUCUAACAUUUUUAUGUGACCUAGUCUAUCUAUCUAUCUAUCUAUCUAUCUAUCUAUCUAUCUAUCUAUCUAUCUAUCUAUCUAUCUAUCUAUCUAUCUAUCUAUCUAUUUCUUAGAGAUUUCUAACCUUCACUUUUCCAGUUUUAGGCCAUGCGAAAAUGGGAGAUUGGAACUUGCUAGGGAGUAUCUUGGAGGAGGUUCACAUUCACUCCACCAUUGUAGGCAAAAUCUGGCUCACCAUUCUUUUUAUUUUCCGUAUGCUCGUGCUCGGGGUUGCCGCCGAAGACGUGUGGGACGAUGAGCAAAGUGAGUUUGUGUGCAACACAGAGCAGCCUGGAUGCAAGAACGUCUGCUAUGACCAGGCAUUCCCCAUAUCCCUCAUCCGAUACUGGGUCUUGCAGAUCAUCUUUGUCUCCUCACCUUCUUUGGUGUACAUGGGUCACGCACUAUACAGGCUCCGGGCACUAGAGAAGGAGCGCCACAAGAAAAAAGCUCAACUGAAGGUGGAGCUGGAGGAGACGGAGGCUUUGGAGGAGCACAAAAGAAUUGAGAAGGAGCUUAAGAAGGUGGAAGAGCAGAAGAAAGUGAGGAAGGCUCCUCUGAGGGGUUCCUUGCUGCGCACAUAUGUGUUGCAUAUCAUAACAAGGUCAGUAGUGGAAGUGGGAUUCAUAGUGGGGCAAUACGUGCUCUAUGGUAUCGGACUGUCACCGUUAUACAAGUGCGAGCGGGACCCCUGUCCCAAUAGUGUGGACUGCUUUGUUUCACGGCCAACGGAGAAGAACAUCUUCAUGAUUUUCAUGCUAGUCAUCGCAGGGGUGUCUCUGAUCCUCAAUCUCCUGGAGAUAUUCCACCUUGGUGUGAAACAGAUCAAGCAGGCCAUUUAUGGAUCCAAGUACAUUGGAGAUGACGAAAGUAUUUGCAGGUCAAAGAAAAACUCCAUGGUCCAACAAGUAUGCAUCCUUACCAAUUCCUCACCACAAAAACUUAUGCAUUUGACGCACACUUCCCUCGCGGUUGUGCCCGAUGCACAGACAGCACCCAUGCCUCACUAUAUGCCAAUGGCUGCUCCUCCAUCUAGCCAAGAGGUGCCAAACAGUGACCCUAAUGGAGCUGAGCAGCCUCUCAGGCAGAACCGUCUUCCUAGCCAGCCUGAAUUUCAGGCUCUCCAACAGUUAGGAGCAACAGAACGACGACCCACUUUGGACAACCGUCCGCAGUCCUGUAGCAGUGAGGAGUCUGGGCCCAAGGGCUCUGGACCGCCCAAGAACAUCGGUCAGCAGCCCAGAGCUUCAUUCAGAGCCAGUAACAUAGAGAUACCAGCAUCAUUACGGAAACAUAGCCGAGUCAGUAAAGACUUCAGCGAGGAGAGCGAUUCCCAGGAGAGCGGGAACCACCCCACUGCCAGGAAAGCCAGUUUCAUGUCACGAGGGCUUUCAGAAAGCCCAUCCGAAAGUGCAGCCUCCAAAAGUGGAUCGGACACAGAGGCCAACCGUAUAGCUCAAGGAGAGAGUCCAGCUAUGACACCGCCUCCUGCCACUGGACGCAGAAUGUCAAUGGUGAGUAGAAAAACACACUAAUGCUUAUCCACUUGUUGAGUUGUGAUGAAACAAAUACUGUUUCUUCCACUCAAGUGGGUUUCAAGUGAGAAUACUACCUUAACAGCC